UAAAACAUUCUGUGUGCACAGAAACAAAGAAAGAAUAGAAACUGAAAGAAUAGAGUGAGGAUGAACAGAAAUGAUGGUGUGUGUGUGUUGGGGGGGGGGGUAUGGGUAAAAAGGAGAGAGAAGCAGGUAUAAAACAGAGCACCAGGCAUUACACACAUGAAUACACCGCCAGAGACAAACAGACAGACGAAACAAGAAAAGGGGUGUUAAGAGAAAUCUUACAAGACAUGCAGACAACAGAGAUGAAGGUUUUACUGGCUGUGUUUUGUCUGGUAAGCAUUCUCCAGCCCUGCCACGCAGUGUCCAGCAGUGGAGAAUGCUACUUCAACGCAAAAGCCAGCUGUGAACACAAGGGUCAUGUAUUUGACAUCGGAGAGAUGUGGAUCAACGACGAAUGCUUCCAGUGUGUGUGUUUUCAACCUUUCGGAGUGGGCUGCUGUGAACAUGGAAAGCAGCCAGUAGAUUACCCGCCCUGGUGCGAAGUUGUUAGAAAGCCAGAUUCCUGCACCGUCGCUGUGGUGAUGAAGGCCAACCAUAAACUCCCCUGUCUGUUCGGAGGAAAGAGCCGUUUGAGAUCAGAAGGGCUGCUGUGGAAAUCAGAUAAUGAUGCUCUCUUCUAGACCGCAUUACUGAACUCUUGGAUGUAAAAGGGCCUUUAACACAAAACGGAAUAGUUUUGUGUGAAAGAAACCUGAUAUGCGCUCUCAUCUUUGUUUGAAACUACUUUUGGACAACACUUCCUAAGCUACAUUACCGGAAAAAAAAUAAAAUACGAUUUCAGUAUUUGGGUUUCAGUGUUUGGUAUACGUCUCCGCUUGAUUUGAGGACGCAUUGUGCGUGCAUGAAAAUCUGACCUGAAGAGGGCACGCAGUCAAUGUAAACAAUUUGCUUAUUUGAUUUGAAUAGUGCAAAAGGUUAUCGUUCCUUUUACUUUUUCCAUAACACUACAACAUUAGAUUUAAGGUACAUUUCGUGAAUCUCAGACCUGCAACAAUGUAUGUGAAAGACGACAAAAGAGGGGUAACCAACAAUAAAUGGAUAGCUACUCAAAAUGUGUUAAUUCUGUGUAAACGAAUAAAUAUCAGCAACUUUCGAAAAAUGUCUACGGGCAUCGCUUGAAUAAAAAAGCGAAAAGAAACACUAAAGUGACAGUAAAAAUCAUGGUCUUUUAUUUAAAAAAAGAAUUUAGCCAUCAUUACACAAGAUAAAGACAGUAACAAAGUGAUUACACGUCAUUGUGGGCUCUUUCCAGUUAAAAUAUGUGUUCACCCAUUAAAUCCAUAUACUAUUAAGUGUUACAUUUCGCUCCCAUUUACUGUGUUCAUAAUACAUUUUUAGAUCUGCACGGCUUUGAGGACUUUCAAAUCUUGCAGUGACACUGACUUGAACUUGCGGUAAAGAAAAAUCCUUUACUCUACCUAGGGAAGGUUGAAGAUUAAAGAUUUUUAAAGCAAAACAGACAAAACAGGCCACCAUUCAGAUUGCAUGAGGAAACCACGACGUAGCCCCUCUGCUCACAGGACACCCACCAUAAGCCCACAACAGUGCAGCAUUUCAAAUAGUGGUUUGAAAAAGGUUUUGUGUUAAAAUAAUGGGGGGGGGUUUAUCCCAAACCAAAAAAAAACUCCAACUCCAAACAAGCACAUGCUUUCAAUAAAAAAAACUAACAAAAAUGAUGGUCAGCCCGGAAUGGUUGUGCAUACUGAUACAGACCACAUGGUGUGGUUUUGGUCCCAAAACCUGUGACACCAGGCAGCAGAAACAUGUGGAGAAUGAACAGUGAAGAGGAAGACGAGGAGAAAAGGGGGGGCACCAGACAGAAGCUUCAAUAUCCUUGUUCAUAGAAACAGAGUGAAUUUGGCUAUCUGGCGAUCAAAGGCCAGUCAGGAAAAGACCGGGAGAUGAGGAAAAACGUGGCAGUUUUGGUUGGAUUAGACAUUUGCCACUGAUGCAAAGCACUGGUCAUUAAACUUUCAAAAAACAACACCCCAACAUAACAUCAAAACCUCUACGGUGUAUUAUUUUAGAGAUGCAAUAA